UUGUGGACAUAGUUGUCAAAUGGCUAAAAUGAAACAUUUUUAGUGAAGUUUACUCCUUUUGAAACUGGUAAAAUGGUAUAAUUUAUCAAUAUUGUUCGGACGUCAUCUUCAAUUGUCAAAUUUAGAGAAAAGAAUAGAGGAAUGUGUAUAAGUCGUCUGAAUGAACAUCUUGUUGCAGAAAUAUCGUAUCCUAGGCAAGAAAGGUGAGGGUACCUUUUCCGAGGUGCUAAAAUGCCAAAACAUAAAAGAUGGCUCAUAUUGGGCCUGCAAAAAGAUGAAACAGACAUAUGAUAGCCUGGACCAGGUGAACAACCUGCGGGAGAUCCAGGCAAUGCGGCGACUCGCCAACCACAGCAAUAUCCUCGAACUCGAGGAAGUCAUCUUUGACAAGAAAAGUGGAACUCUAGUCCUUAUUUUAGAAUUAAUGGAUAUGAACAUAUAUGAAUUGAUAAGAGGCAAGCGUCACCUGUUGCCCGAAUUUACCGUGCAGAAGUACAUGUAUCAGCUGUGCAAGUCUGUAGAUCAUAUGCAUAGAAAUGGCAUUUUUCACAGAGACGUCAAACCAGAAAACAUUUUAAUUAAAGAGGACUUAUUGAAGCUAGCAGACUUUGGUUCCUGUCGUAGUAUAUACUCGAAGCAGCCAUAUACGGAGUAUAUCUCAACACGUUGGUACCGGGCCCCGGAGUGUCUGCUCACGGACGGCUACUAUACGUACAAGAUGGACAUGUGGAGCGUCGGAUGUGUGUUCUUUGAAAUUCUAAGUCUUCACCCAUUAUUUCCUGGUUCUAAUGAGGUGGACCAGAUUGCCAAAAUACAUGACAUUAUGGGCACUCCAGAACCAAAUGUACUCAACAAAUUCAAAAAGUCAAGAGGUAUGAAUUUCAACUUCCCAGCCAAGAAGGGUACAGGUGUGGAGCGUUUGUUACCCAACGCCUCGGCAGAUGCCCUCGACUUGAUAUACAAGCUGUGCACAUAUGAUCCGGAUGAGCGGAUGACGGCUAAACAGGCCAUCCGACAUCCAUACUUCAAGGAACUCAGGGAAACCGACAAAAGGCAGACAGCGCUGAACAAGGCCAAGAUCCAGGUACAGGACAAGGAUGACGCUGCAUCUCGCGUUGAGAACAUAUCUCCCUCACCGAGACACGCCAUGUCUGACAAGGAGAACAAAAAGAAGGAAUCAGAGAUCCAAAUCAUUGCGAGUCUCCCGAAACCGCAGUCCCUGCCUGCACACCAGCUGUUUAAAGACAAACGGAAGGUAUACCAGCGUCGACGGCGAUUGGGCGAGAACCCAAACGGAUACAGCAGCAGUUUUUUCCCGAAGGUGCCGAUCCAUGCGAGCACGAUCAACCCAUCGUACCAUUCCUCAUCAUUCCCGAGCACAUUUUCGUCCCACAAUACCUCCGGACAGCUCUCACUCCUUCCCUCCAUCAACUCCACAUACAAGUCACACAAGAAUCCAAGUACAAAAACAAAGAACAUGUUCAACCACUACCAACUGCCGUCUCUGGACAGACGUGGAGCAGGCUUCUAGUAUUAUGGACUCAUCCAAGAUUUAUUGAUGAAUUCCAGGCAUUCUUUACCCUGUCACAUUGACAGUAAAUGUGGGGUGUACAUAUACAUUUGCUGUGAAUAUCAUAGAAUCGGUGAUUCACCAAUACAAGUGACCUGGAGAUUUAAAUUCAGGAAUAAUUCUUGGAAAAAUUGUACUAUGGGAGUUUGGGGGACAGAAGUUAACAGGAAGCCAGUAAAGUUCAAGCUGCUGUGAUAAUGGAAUGGGUUUGAAACUUCACUUGUACACUUGCCUACACAUGCAUGUACAAGAAGCGUUUUGAAACCUCCCUUAUAUUCAAGGUGUUACCCAGUAGCUGCAGUGCCUCUGUGGAAAUACCUUUCCUCAUUCAUUCCUUAAUGUAAUCUCAUGAAAGCUACAGGGUGUUUGAAAGAAGAUUGGAUUUAGUCAUGUUUUAUCUGUAUUUCUAUUCUUAUACUGAAUGACUUGAUUCAGUUGCACAUGUAGAUAAUCAGAAAUUAUUUGACACCUACCAAUCUAUGUUGGUCCUCUAGUUUGCUAAAAUCUCAUAUAAAUACUGCAUCUCAUUAAGGGGAAAAGUGGUAAAUGGCAACCCCAGAAAGAGAAUGUCAUACAAGGCGGGUGUUUUUUUUAAUGCAUGUAAGGCAGUAUUUAAAAUGGUCACAUUAGACAUUACAGUAUACCUUGUGAUGACUAUAAUUAUUAUGUAAUUCUACAAAGGCAAAAUCAUGUGAAGUAUAAUAAUCUUUCAUUCUAACCCAAAUGUAUUGAAGAAAUUGUUUAAUGAUACUCUACAUUAUCAAAUAUCAAAAACAAGAUAUUGUUUGUAAAGAUACAAUACUAAUAAAACCAGUGCUUUAGAAUAAUGUCAUAUAAAUGGAAUUAAUCAAUCCACUUACAUAUCGGUACCAAAGACAGAUGUUGUAACUUUGUUUGCCUUACUAACAAUGUAUGUCUACUGAUAGAUUUGAACAUUUUCAGUAAUACCAAACAAUUUUAUCUUUCUUUGAUUAGCUCGUCUGUUUUUGAAGACAAAUGGUUGGGGUAUUGUGAUAGUCUUGCGGCUUUCAUUGGUGUCAUAGGCAUCAUUGUGCAAGAACUUCAAUUUUGCCAAAAAAAAGGGUCAAGAUAUUGUGAUGAAACUUUGUCAGCAUGUUGCCGAGUAUAUAUAUUUGUAUCCUGUUGGCUCAAACAUGCUUGGCUCAAUUUCCUUGUUGGCUUGAACAGGAUGUAAAGGACCAUUUUCAUUCUACUGAAUGUAAGCAUUCUUCUUGGCUCAAAUUUUCCGAGGCUCAAGUAUUUAUACUGUUCCUAGGGAGUUCGAGCCAACGGUGUUUGACUGUAUAGCAAGACCCUCUCUUGUUUCAAUAAUUGUCAAUAUACUCCCCUAAUUUGCCAGAAAGAAGCCCAGAUGAGUGUAAGCCUACACUCCAAGGCACUCCUAUUGAAAUUAAGUGUUGUGAAAUUUACAAAUAUCAGUUGUAUUCUUUUAUUUUAUUCCUAUAAAAGCCAUUUAAUUUAUUUCUAUCAUUCUAAUAAUUGCUCAAACCUUAAUACAUGUAUACAAAUGUGGCUUUUAAAUGCUAAUUUUGUGACCAAUCAUGAAAGCAAUCCUUACAUACACACAUUUAAACAUGCAUUUUCAUAUACUGUACAUGUAAUUGUUCUCGCAUUUAGAACUAGACUUUCGGUUCUCAUGACAAAAUAAUCUUACUUUCAUUUUUAUAGGGACUCUGAUGUUUUAUAGGGUAAGACUUUUGAGGAAAUGCUUACUUUAAGGGUAAAACAUCAUCAAAUAGGGCUUUAUUGUAAUAAGUAUUAAAAGUAAUUGACAAAAAAAUACUCUAUUUUGCUGAGAAGUUUUUGAAAAUUGAAUUAUUCUAAGCUUUGAUUUACAGAAUACCACUACUGUUCAAAUGGAAGUCUGCCACUUGAUGUUUGGUAAUUAAUUGUUCAUAAAAGUAAAAUAAGUUGAUAUCAACAAAGUGAGUGAGUCUCCUUAAAGAAACAAACUAUUGACAAUUCCAAGCUUUCAUAAAAAAAUGUUUACCACUUUCUAAUACCACAAAAGAUUAAGUUGAUAUUACAUUUUUCUCGCAUUUACAAUAGGGAAUUUCCCAAUAAUGUCAGUCUUUAAGUUAUAUGUUAAUAUGUAAUCAAGCUUUACACUCAAUAAUUUAGUAUCAUGAGUUUAGUGACAUAGGCUGUGUAUGUAUUAGAAAUUAAAAGAAAUUGUAAAGCAUGUCUAAAAAAAGAACCUAUAUAUCUUCGCUGUUAUUACAUAGAACAUAGUAUCAUUUAGGUUGAACAGAUGGACAUAUACAGUACAAUAAUAACACAAUCUUGGCAUAAAAAUAGAACUUUGGGUGAUAAUUUAUGAAAAACAACAACAGGAGACCACACCAUCUCACAGAUCUCUUUGAAUACACACCAUAAUCCUCAAUAACUAAAUAUGAAAUUUAGAUAAAAACUUUCUAUCUGAUAAACUCUUUCUAUGAACAAAAGAGGUUAAAUUCAGACAAGGUUAGUUUGACUUUUCACCUCAUCAGCUCUACUGUUUUCGAACAAAAAUGUUGUGAAACCCCUGGUGUUGUCAUCAGCCUCGGUGUCAUUCUGCAGACUUUAACCUUGGCCAUUACCCAGAAACCAGUUAUGCCUCUUGACAGAAGAAAACAGUUGAGUAUUGGCAUUUGAUUCCCAGCGUUCUUGUUCUCAUUUGGUCUUCACACUAUGUAAUACAUAGGGUUUAGUUUAGGUCUUCUGAGCAAUUAACUUGGCAUGUCUAGCACACCCCUGGUGCCAACUUUAUUUACACACAAAAGCUUCCUUAGUGUUGAGUGCUCACAGUACUAGCCAUAGGCUUUCUAAAUGAUUAAAUGUGAAUCUUACCAGCGAUCUUAUUGGAGAAGGCAUGAUACUGAACACUAAAUGAUCACAAGAUCUACGUUUAAGUUUGAUAUUGCCUUGUGAUAUGUAUGUGUUUUCUUUCCUGUAUGUUGCCUGCAUUGACACAUAAAACUGUAUCAGAUUUGGUGCUGUUACAAAUGUCAAAUUGUGAGAACAUCUGUGAUAAUAGACUGUAAACAUUUGUAUAGGUAGUUAAAACAGUUGGUAUUUUUAAAACUGUAUAUAGUUGACACACUACUUUUUUUCAUUUUUACAAGAUGGAGAUGAUGCUGUGAUGUAGUGUUUUAUUGUUUACAGCAUAUCCUCUUGCUAUUUGUUGUUAUUACUACUGUUUGCAAAUAAACUUGGCAAAGCUUUCUCACCUAUCAGCUAAUAAAAGCACAAUCAUGAUACAUUUUUUGAAGGGACAUUCCAUCUGUACUGCCACAAAAGUAUUUUCGAACAGUAAGUUUUGGACACUUCAGAGAGUGUCAUUUAAGGUUACAAUUUGAUUGGCGGGUUGAUGAACCAAUUCAAACUGUACAUAAUUAUAUGGAUCACUUGCAGGAGUAUGAGCACAACCCUUAGAAGAAUGUUCCACAUUGAUAUGUUAGAGAAUAUGCUCAAAUGCUGAAUGUGGCUUUCUGUGCUGUGUUAAGUUGAUUGACAGGUCAUAAAUGUUGCAAUUCAUUCAGAAUUUAGGGUACCUGUAACUGAAUUCUUUUAGUGUAUUUGGGCGGAGCAAAAGCCACCAUAUUUUAAUGCUCCAAAACCUUCAACUGCGAAGUUUAUUUUCAAACAGUUGUAAAUAGAGCCUCUCCAAACUAUAGCUGUGGGAUUACAGUUUUUCUACAUGUAAGAGUAUGUUGCCAAUACCUUAGAACUCCACAGAUUUUUUUUAUGUUUGGUCAGCAUGUAAUUUCAGGUGAUCAAACUUGGUAAUGUAGGAAUAUAUUAUGCAGAAAACUCUUUAGGUCUAAAGACAUGGUUCUUUCAAAUGGGGUUAUGCACAAAUAGUGUUAUUUUUUGUUUUAGAACUUUUGUUUCUUUGCUAAAAUGGCUUGACAAACUGACAGUUUCAAUAGUUUCUGCCAUGUAUUUUUUCAACUAGUUAGACAAAGCAUUUAUACGCAUCAUGAUUAUAUGUCUACUCGCUGUGAUCAUUUGUUUGUGAUAUUUUUUGUUGUUAUAUGAAUUAUAUAUGAAUUAUUUUUACUUCGGUUAAUUUAUAUAUUUUGAUUUGUUUUGUAUUGAGGAUUGCCUUUUAAAAUGCUGGAACCAAUUUGAAAUAUAUUUGUAACAUUGAGUGCUCUACCUUUUCCAAAGGGUAAAAUAAUGAAUUUGGUAAUUUCCUUUUCGUACAUAAGACGCUCAUUCGCUCUGUAAUGAAAACCAUAAAUGGUCUUUCAAAAGCCUACCAUGCAAGCAGGAAAUUAUUUUAAAAAAUAUUGUAAUUUAGUUUUGUGAUGUACUGGUAUUGUGUAUAAACUGAAACUGUCAUUUUCUUCCAUGUGUGUUAAACAUUUCUAGCGAGUCUUUCUAUGUCACAUCAGUGGUUUGUAAUUUAUUGUUAGAUCAUGUCAAACAAAUUAGAUUACAUUGAUUAAUAAAAUUGGUAACAAUU